CUUCAAGAUGGCGGCCACCAACAUGUGGAACAAGUGUCUCUCAAACUUCAAAAAUCACAGCUUCAUAACGACAAACCAAAAGCUUCUCUCCUUUAGAUAUAUCUUAGGAAGACAUGCUGGGCUUUGCACUGCUGUAAAACCUUAUGCUUUCCAUCCAAAAACUCGUACAUUAGAGUCAGAUAUCCAAGCACUUUAUCUUACUAAGACAAUUCAAAAAGAAGGUCUCCCAGAUUCUUUACAGAAAAGUAUUUUAGACGAUACUUUGACAGAUAAAAUGAUGGAUAGAUUUAGACAGUGUGUAGUACAAACACGGCUUUUUAAUUACGAGGGAGAAAGGUCCACCAAGACGACAUGUGCAUUGCCUUUGAUGUUGAACAUGAUGAAGGUGGUGUGGAGUGAAGCAAAUAGCUUUCCUGGUCUUAAUGACAUGUCUCUGUCUCACAAACCCCAUGUAUCAGCAGUAUGGAAACGGCAUGACGACGCCAUCCAAGUAUCUGGUAACCUAGGUUACCUACUCUCAUCAAAGACAUUAUUAAGUCCUUAUGUCCCAGCUGAUUCAUUGAAGGAAACUGAAGAGAUAAAGCUAGAAAGUCUUGAUCUUAUUGCUCCAGUGUUCAAUCUACUAAGAGUGGCUUCAAAUUGUGAGACAGACACUGGGUUUUAUGAUGGCACACCUUACCCACACGCACACACACUUGUGUUAGUGAAUACAGAGAACAAAUGGUCCACUAGGGAAAGAUGUGCUCAAGGUUUAAUGUUCACAUUUGGGAGGCUCGUUAACCAGGCAACCAAUCUCCAUGGUAACCAGAUGGGUAAGAUUCUAAAGGAGCCUUUAACUGCUCAGUGUGUGGUGUCAGAUGGUUAUAAGCUGUCCUUUAUUAUCUACCAACUCAACACUUUGGAUUUCUCUUCUGAUGAGGGGGUCAAAAAUAUUGCUUGGGUUUUACCAGGAAUGAAGAUGUAUGAGAAAGCUUUACUUGAGGAGGUCAUUCCAGAGAGUGGUCAAUAUGAGACCAAAGUAGAAGGAUUUAAUAGAGACUGUUUUGAAAUUUUCACUAAUCUUAUCACCAAUGGAACUUUGAGAUAAUAUUUGUAAAAAAUAAUUCGUUAUUACUGAAAAAAGAUUAAAGAUUUUGAGUUUGUGGUCCAUUCUUAAAUUUUCCUAACUCUUGAACGAAGAUGAUGAUGAUGAUUUAUGAUUAGUAAUGAUGAAGUGUGGAGAGACGGGACCUCCAUUU